AUGCCUCUAAGAAACGCCAAACCAAGCAACGUAAAAGUGAGGAGGGCGAGAAAGGGUGUUCCAACCUACGAAUUGGGAGACCCAGAAUACGAGUUUGUGACCCAUACAGCAAAUCCCCUACAUCGCAAUAGGCUGCCAGAUUGCGUUGUGCAACCUCUAACUACUGUUGACGUCCAAUACAUUGUAAAGCAAGCAAAAAAGAAGGACAUUGCAAGCACAAUCAAAAUUGGCGGCCAUUCUUACCCGGGAUCAUCUGCUUCCGAUCAGGGCUAUAUCAAAUUGGACCUCACGAAUAUGAACCAACCCUUGGUUGACGGGAAACAUGACGGAUAUGUUAUCAACGGUGGGCGAUGUCCUACUGUUGGAGUCAGCGGAUAUAUUCUAGGAGGAGGCAUCUGUCCAUUCACCAGAAGCUUCGGAAUGGGAUGCGACACUUUGCUAGAAGCUACCAUCGUUACUGCGGACGAAAUUGUACAUACAGUUACGCGCGACGAUGACCCAGAAUCAAGCGAAGGGAAGCUCUUUUGGGCUCUCUGUGGUGCUGGCCAAGGUAGUUUUGGUGUUGUACUGGAGCUGAAAAUGGCUGUCAGCAAGUUGAAGAACAAGGAGGGCAAAGUUAUAGCAGUUCGAUCCACCUGGUUUCCGAAAGAAAGUGACGACGUACCGGCGAUAAAGAGUGCUUUUUAUUCUGCUAAGUGGUCGACACAAAUGACGAUCGACACCAUUUGGCUAUGCAACACCCGAGAUGAAGCAAAGAUCGGUGUUCGUUUCAGUGCCUAUUAUGAUGGCAACGGAGAAGACUAUCUAAAAGAAAUCAAUCAGAACAUCUAUAACACGAGUCUGAAAGAGUUGUUCGGCGAACGAAUCGUGGAUAGAACGUCCUCUGAUUGGCUUGGCAACAUUCUUCCAAUAACAUGGGAUGAAGAAGCCAAAAGGUCUAAAUACGUAAACCAAACCUUCUCUAUCUUCGGCUCCUUCGCUUUUGAAAACAGACCAUCUUACGGUGAGAAGUAUAAGAACGGGGAUGGAUCUUCCGUCGAAGUCUCAUUCAUACACCCUGGAACAACAGCAGCCAAAAAGCCCAGUACGGCCACAGCUUUUCCUUGGCGAGACGUCAUGCAAAACCUGUGCCGUUCGAUCAGGGCUAAAUUGAGACCGUUCUCCAUAUUCGCAGAGGCAGCCUUCGUUAAUUUCCCCAAUGAAGCGACACCCAAAACCGCACAUGAAAGCGCAUACUACGGUACGAAUCGAGAGAAGCUGCGCGAAGUCAAGAAGAUGUGGGACAAGAAUAACUUUUUUGGCUGGGAUCAAGGCGUUGGACUUCCACAGCCGGACCUGUCAAUCGCAGCUUAUAUUUUUAAGUUGAAAAGAGAGAUAUUCGUGCUCUUCAAUUAG